AUGAUUGAUGAAGUCGAAGAUCCGUCACUUCCCGCGACUAUCGUUCUGAAAUACCUCGAGAGCGAUCUCCUAGUGGAGACUGUUAGGGCGAUAUUGAACCGGAAGCAGAUCAAGUAUACAUGCCGUCGCGUUCUCGAAGCGCUCAAGGUUAUUCACGAAGAUAAUUUUGUGCAUACAGAUGUCAAACUGGACAACGUCUUUGUCAAAUUACAACGAGAUGACGACAAUCGCUUCUCCGAUGUCCAGCUUGGUGAUUUCGGUGGAUGUUACCCUGUGGAUUCCGAGUGGGCUACAGCUGGAACGCGAGUCGGCACACCAAUGUGGUCAAGUCCAGAGGUUCUCAUGGAGAUGCCCUGGAACACUGCUGCAGACAUCUGGUCGUUCGGCACCUUGCUCAUAAGCCUGAUAUACGGUGGGGACUUCAACCUCUUUCGACCUAAACUUGACCGAGACCACGAAGAAUAUCUGGCAGAAGUUAUGAUGCAACAAUUUCGCUACUUUGGGCCUUUCCCUGCAAAGAUUGCAGACAUUGCUAGCGAAAAAACUGUUCAGUCAAUUCUGUGGUUGAUGCAAGCGAUACCACAAGAGAAGCUUACAUCAUUUUCACGCACGACGGAGAGAGAAGUCUGCAAGCGGGACAAAGACUUUAUUGGCAGAAUCAUGAUGCUGGACUGGAGAGAUCGACCAACCGCGAAGGAACUGUUAGAAGAUGAGUGGUGGAACGAUGAUUAG